GCGCCAUCUUGUGUUCCACUGAAGACAUUUCCUACUUUUGUGUAACUCGCUUCCGUGAACAUGGCCGAAAACAUGAACAAUACUUAAACAUUAUUAUAUAUGAUAUCAGCAUUGAGCCAUGGGAUUGUGCUUAAUGGUCUCUCGAAACGGGGUCUGGACAGGAGCUCGGACUCUGACCAGAGUCCAACUAUGCACGUCUCCAUUUUGUGUUUUGAGCAGCGAGCCAUACCGAGUGAUUCACGACAGAGAACAGCGUCGUUUCUCUAUCAGACUGGACCACGGUGGUAACGUCUAUUCCCACAGAAGUCCUAAGAGGCCAUGUCUAGUACAAAGCGCUGUGUUGAAGUACUCCAAUACGAGUGACGGCCACGUGCAUCUGUUAUCAACUGAAGUUCCAGAGCCUUUCAGAGGUAAAGGAGUAGCUGCGACUCUGGCCAAGGCUGCAAUGGACUUUGUGGUUGAAGAAAAAUUAAAAGCAAGCAUCUCAUGUUGGUAUAUUAAAAAAUAUGUUGAUGAAAAUCCACAUCAUGGAUACCAGGUGCACAUUGAAGAUUGAUAUUUUAGACAAAUAAAAAAGGAUGUACAGCUCAUAUGAAAGCACUUAUUCAUUUAUUCCUUCAUUGAGGCAGUCACUUUUAAGUUGAACAUCCAGUAUCUAUUGGACUUUCUGAUUAGAGGAAGCAUGAAGCAGCCAAAUAAAUAAAAUAAAAAAGUUAAA